AUGCAAGGUAAUAAAAAAAAUAUUGAAUGGAACAAUAAAGAAAAGUCUGCUUUUAAUUAUUCGCCAAUUGUAGAUUACAAAAAUAGUAGACACAUUACAAUUGGACUCAUGGAUAAAUUGUGUAAUUUUUGUGAUGCUUUAAAAUGGUCUGCGGAAUCCCCAGGACUGUGCUGUUCGAACUGUAAAAUUAAAUUACAAUCUAUUGAAGAUCCACCAGAACCGUUACGUAGUCUUAUUUUUGGUGAAAAUAUUACAAAAUCUAAAUCUUUUCUGACUGCAAUAAGAAAAUAUAAUUGUGCGUUUCAAAUGACCUCUUUUAGAGGAAAACAAAUUUUACAUGAUAAAUUCAUGCCAACUUUUAUGAUACAAGGGCAAAUAUACCAUACUGCAGGCAGUUUAUUCCCCGUGCAUUCAAGUGAACCAAAGUUUUUACAAAUAUACUUUGUAGGCAAUGACAAUUCCGAAGCUGAAUUUAGGCAUAAAAAUAUUCCUAACAUCGACCCCAUAAUUGUAAUCGAGUUACAAAAAAUGCUUCAUUUACAUAACAAUCUUAUAAGAUCUUUUAAGGCUGCUAUAGAUUCACAUGAAAAUGAAGAUAUGGAAAACUUAAAUAUAGUUAUACAUGCAGAACGAGUAACCUAUGGCAAUCAUCCUGGACGUUUUAAUGCACCUUCAGUUAUCGUGAUUCAGUUAUCGUGA